AUUCAGUUUGCAACGAAGCUUCAUAUAGUGUCUAUUUUAGUCUUUUCCCAAUUUCGUUUACCGCGUUUUAUAAAGUGAAACCCGAACCUUCAUCACUCAUCAGUCUCAUCUUCUUUACAUAUAAAAGAGCCAACAGUCUCAUUUUCACUAGAAGAGUAGUAGCAAUCAAACCCCAAAACCUCAGCAAUCUGCUUUUUAUUCUUUUUGUGUCUUUUUGAGAGAGAGAGAGAGAGAGAGAGAGAGAGAUGGAACCUCUUUUGCUACCAGAGGUGGAGAAUUCGUCUGCGCCAUGGAAGGGAGAGAUAGGGGGAAACAAUGGGAGCAAAAUGGAGGCAUCUUUGUCCCUAGACGUGGAGAAAAAGGACAUAUCGUCGUCUAUGUCAAGGAGGAGAGAGAGAGGGGCAAACUCUAAGAGCAAAACGGAGCCUCUUUUGCCACCAGAGGUGGAGAAUUCGUCUGCGCCGUGUAAGGGAGAGAUAGAGCGAAACAAUGGGAGCAAAAUGGAGCUUCCUUUGUUCACAGUUAUAAAGAAAAUGGACAUGUCGUUGUCCAUGUCAAGGAGGAGAGAGAGAGAGGCAAACUUUGAGAGCAAAGCGAAGCCUCUUUUGCCACCAGACGUGAAAGGCACGGUGGAGGAAAACAUUGACAGCAAAAUGAAGCCUCUAUUGCCACUACAAGUGGAGAAAAACGACAUGUCUUCUAAUGCAUGGAGGACAAAUCUGCAAGAGUUCCCUGCAUUUCCUGAAAGAAGGGAUGGUGAACAUAUCUCCUUCACUCUGCGCCAUCCUCUUCGUACCCCAAACGUGAAAGGCAUAGUGGAAGCAGACAUUGAGAGCAAAACAGAGCCUCUUUUGCCUCAAGACAUGAAGGAGGGCAUUGUGGAGGCAGACAUUGAGAGCAAAAUGGAGCCUCUUUUGCCAACAGACGUGAGAAGCAUAAUGGUGGAGGCAAACAUUGAGAGCAAAACAGAGCCUCUUCUGUCAUCAGCCGUGGAGAAGGAGGACAUGUCAUGGAGGAUAAAUCUGGAAGGGUUCCCUAAAUUGCCUGAAAGAAGGGAUGCUGAACAUGGCUCCUCGAUUCUACGCUUUCUUCGUACCCCAAGGAAACAACGCAAGGUCAAUGAUUACUACAAGAAACUAGAAAGGCUAAUUGAAGGGUUUACUGAGAUGGAGACCAUGAUUGAAACAGGUCGUGCCCCUGGAAAUCUAACAGAGGAUGAGAUGAAGCAGUUGGCGAAGAGUGUGAGGAUGGCUAUCUAUGUAACAAACACAGCUAACAUCGUGCUCUUUGCAGCAAAGGUUUUUGCUUCUAUUGAGAGCAAAUCAUUGGCGGUUAUUGCCUCAAUCUUGGCUCCACUCUUUGAUCUCUUGUGGGGAUUUAUAUUGUGGUUUACAUCUCAUGCUAUGCAAAACCCAAACCAGCAUCGGUAUCCAAUUGGAAAGAAACGGAUGCAGCCAGUGGGAAUCAUUAUUUUUGGAUCUUUCGGAUUACAAGUACUGUUUCAGGCAGCUCAACAAUUCAUUACAAAGUCUGUGCCUGAAAAGGAUCCUCAGAAGGAGAAAUGGAUAAUUGGAAUAAUGACAUCUGUAACUUUGGUGAAGUUUAUGCUCGCGGUCUAUUGUCGAAGGUUUAAAGAUAAAAUUGUUAGAGCCUAUGCUGAACAUCAUUUUUCUGAUGUUAAAACCAAUUUGAUCAGUUUGGCAGCAGUUGUCCUGGCCAGUCGAUACUAUUGGUGGAUUGAUCCUACUGGAGCUAUUAUAAUACUAUUAUAUACAAUGAAUACAUGGAAGAAGACGUUCUUUGAGAAUUUAUUUGCCCUAAUUGGAAGGACAGCACCACCUGAAUUUUUGGGAAAGCUAACAUAUCUGAUAUGGAACCACCAUGAAGAUAUCAAGAAAAUUGACACAGUAAGAGCAUACACAUUUGGUUCUGAUCAUUAUUUUGUGGAGGUUGACAUAGUUUUGCCACAAGACAUGGUUCUGAGCAAAACGCAUGACAUUGGUGAGACACUGCAAGAGAAGCUGGAGCAACUCCCUGAAGUUGCGAGAGCUUUUGUGCAUAUAGAUUCCGAGUAUACUCACAGGCCUGAACACAAGACCAUGGUUUGAUGACAAAGAUGAUGAUGACAAUUGUAAUGAUCAGAGCUCAGCCUUGCUAGAGCACAAGGGCCUUCACAUGAGUUGCUGAUAUAAUUAAUAUGUGAUGCAAUAUUUUAUUGUAAUGACAAGUAUACAAUUUACCAUCUGAUGGCUUAACUCCACUAAUCAUGAAGUAUCUCUCUUAUUUAUUUAGUUGGCCUGAACACAAGACCACAGUUUUAUGAAGAUGACAAUUGUACUGAUCAGAUCUCAGCCUUCGACAAUGAUGAUGAUGGCAAUUGUAAUGAUCGGAGCCCAGCCUUGCCAGAGCACAAGGGCCUUCAAAAUUCAAAUGGGUUGCUGAUGGCUUAACUCCACUAAUCAUGAACUAUCCCUCUUAUUUAUUUACUAGGCCUGAAAUGGCGAUGACGAUUGUACUGAUCAGAGCUCAGCCUUCGACGAUGAUGAUGAUGGCAAUUGAAAUGUCAGAGUUCAGCCUUGACAGAGCACAAGGGCCUUCAAAAUUCAAAUGGGUUGCUGAUUUAGUUAACAUGUGAUGCAAUAUUUUUGUAAUGACAAGUACAAAAUUUACCAUCUGAUGGCUUAACUCCACUAAUCAUGAAGUAUCCCUCUUAUUUAUUUAGUAGAUGGAGAUUCAUUAAACAGUUGAUUUUGUCCUUAAUAUGCAACCAUUUUUCUUUCAAUGCAAGAUGAUAAAAUUUUGGAUUGCAUUAGUUUACCCUUCAGGACAAACUUCAUUCUAGUCAUGCUAAUGCAGAAAUCCUUCAUUUA